CAUCCUCGAAUCCAAAGAGGUCCUGGCCUGGGGUACACUUUCUCUCUCUCUCUAACCUUUGCUCCCCCCUCUUCCCUCUCACUUCUCACCCCUCCCUUCAUUUUUCUGCCCGGGUCUCGCCACGGAUUUUCCUUUCCCGCGCACCUCCCUCUCACUGGACCGGCAAAAAAUAACGAAUCUCACACACCCUCACCCUCUCACCCGCCCGCCCGCCCUGCAAGACACCACGCCGAAUUCGUCCAAACGCGCCCGCGCCGCAGUUCCCCGCCGACAGACCAGGCGAGCACAUCGCAGCAGCAGCAGCCGCCUCGCUCGCUGCUACCACAAGCCUCCAACGAAGGGUGCGCGGAGCCCGAUCGAGGAAGAGCGAUAGAGAGCCCAGACCACACAACGCACACGCACGCUCGCACCACGACGCCCGCCACCGAGGAACCCUUGCCAGGGCCAAGCGAACGCCACGGGACCCCGAAAUCUGCAAGCCAUCAUGUAUGCGUACAAUAAGCCCAUCAAGGCCAUGGAGCCUCCCCAUGUCACGGACUACUACAUUGGUGUCGACGUAGGCACAGGAUCCGCCCGAGCUUGCAUCAUCGACGAGACGGGCGAUAUCAAGGCAUUGGCCUCGGAAAACAUCAAGCUGUGGCAGCCAGAGACAGGCUACUAUGAGCAAUCGACAACGGACAUUUGGCAGUGCAUCUGCGAGUGUGUGCGCCGCGUCGUCAGCGAGUCCAAUGUAGACCCUUCCCGCAUCAAAGGCAUUGGCUUCGAUGCCACAUGCUCACUAGCCGUCUUUACCGAGGACACCGACGAGCCUCAACCCGUCACCGGCCCUGACUUUGCCAACGACGGACACGAUCGCAACGUCAUCCUCUGGCUCGACCAUCGUCCCGUCGAGGAGACGGAGAAGAUCAACGCCACCAAGCACAAGCUCCUCAAAUAUGUCGGCGGCAAGAUGAGCAUCGAGAUGGAGAUCCCCAAGGUCCUCUGGCUCAAGAACAACAUGCCCGCCGAGCUCUUUGCCCGCUGCAAGUUCUACGACCUGGGGGAUGCCCUCACUCAUCUGGCCACGGGCAACGAGGCCCGCAGCUUUUGCAGCACCGUCUGCAAGCAGGGUUACGUGCCCGUCGGCGUCGAUGGCAGCGAAAAGGGCUGGCAGGAAGACUUUUUCGAGACCAUUGGGCUCGGCGACUUGGCAAAGGACAAGUUUAGGCGAAUGGGCGGCGUCAAUGGGGUGAAUGGCUCUUACUUCAGCGCUGGCGAGAGUGUCGGCACCCUCAGUCGCCAGGCGGCCUACCAGCUCGGCCUGCCCAUGGGCAUCGCCGUCGGUAGUGGUGUCAUUGAUGCCUAUGCUGGCUGGAUCGGCACCGUCGGCGCUAAGGUCGACCUCGGUGACGACGAGCUCAACGCCAAUGUUCCGCACAAUGACCUUUCUCAGGCUUUUACCCGGCUGGCCGCCGUCGCCGGCACUUCAACUUGCCAUCUGGCCAUGUCCAAAGACCCUGUCUUCGUCCCGGGCGUUUGGGGCCCGUAUCGUGACGUGCUUCUGCCGGACUACUGGCUGGCCGAGGGGGGGCAGUCGGCCACAGGCGAGCUUCUGCGGCACAUCCUCGACAUCCAUCCGGCGUACAACGAGACGUGCGCGCUGGCCAAGGCCGAGGACAAGCACAUUUACGACUUCCUCAACGCUCACCUCGAGUACAUGGUCGAGAAGCAGCAUGCACCGGGCAUCCCCUACCUGGCCCGUCACCUCUUCUUUUACGGCGACCUCUGGGGCAACCGGUCCCCCAUUGCCGACCCCAACAUGAAGGGCUCCAUGAUUGGCAUCGACAGCGAUAAGAGCACCGACAACAUGGCACUAUGGUACUAUGCCACCAUGGAGUUCAUCGCCAUGCAGACGCGGCAGAUUAUUGAGCAGAUGAACAAGUCGGGGCACGAGAUCUCGUCCAUCUUCAUGUCGGGCUCCCAGUGCCAGAACCCGGUGCUGAUGAGCCUCAUGGCCACCACGUGCAGCAUGCCCGUGCUGAUCCCGCGGUACGUGCACGCGGCCGUCGUUCACGGUGCAGCCAUGCUCGGUGCCAAGGCCGCGAGCCACAACACCGACGACGGCUCCGAACCCGAGACGCUCUGGAGCAUCAUGGACCGCAUGAGCAAGCGCGGCCGGUUGGUGGAGCCCAACAGCGACGCGGGCGAGAAGGCGCUGCUGGACGCCAAGUACGACGUGUUCCUCGAAAUGUGCAACUCUCAGCAGGCGUACCGCAAGCGUGUGGACAAGGCGCUCGAGAAGUGGGUGUCGGAGUUUGGCGGCGACGAGUAGGCCUGCCUUGAGUUGAUGGGAUCCGAGCUGGACUCGACGCCGGUUGGCGAGUGCAUACGAAGUGAAGGUCGAUCGGUAUCCACGGCCCCAACACGGAAUUGUAAUGAAACGGUGCAUUUAGAGGGACAAGCCCAUGGAGGAACACAUUAUAGACUGGCUGCUCGUACUUUGUCUGAGGUCGAUUAGCGUACGAAACCGUCGGCCAUUGUGACUUGCGACUGCAAACCAUUCUCAUGCGAGACCGCGCAUCCUAGAAGAUGAUUUCUCUUGAAGAAAUUCCCUGCCGGUGGC